CGCGCACAGACUGGGCUAUUUAAAAUGGCCACCACGGCGUUCGCGGGCGUGCGGCUGGUGUCGAUCGCGGAGCAGAACGGGGAGAUCCAGCGGCACUCGGAGCAGCAGCCGCUGCGUCUGGAGAUCCGCACCACCCAGGACAACGCCUUCCUCAGCCUCCACAGCAAUGAGGCUGUCUGUGUAUUUAAAUGUGCGGUGAAUCGGGAAACGGAAUGCAGUCGGGUCGGCAAACAGUCCUUCAUCAUCACGUUGGGAUGUUCCAGUGUCCUCCUGCAAUUUCCAUCGCAAAAUGAGUUCUACUCCUUUUUUAAUAUUCUGAAAAACUGCAGAGGGCACAACCUUGAACGAUCUGUUUUCAGUGACCGAACAGAAGAAUCUUCUGCUGUGCAGUAUUUCCAGUUCUAUGGAUAUUUGUCGCAACAGCAGAAUAUGAUGCAAGAUUACAUACGAACAGGCACCUACCAAAGGGCAAUACUUCAAAACCAUGCCGACUUUAAAGACAAGGUGGUACUAGAUGUUGGCUGUGGCUCUGGAAUUCUGUCGUUUUUCGCAGUGCAGGCUGGAGCACGGAAGGUGUAUGCAGUGGAAGCAAGCACCAUGGCCCAGCAUGCAGAGAUGCUGGUGAAAAGCAACAGCCUAUCAGAUCGCAUCCUCAUCAUCCCAGGCAAGGUGGAGGAGGUCAGCAUCCCGGAGCAUGUCGAUAUCAUCAUCUCAGAGCCCAUGGGCUACAUGUUGUUCAACGAACGCAUGCUGGAGAGCUACCUGCACGCCAAGAAGUGGUUGAAACCAAAUGGUAAUUUGUUUCCAACCCUGGGUGAUGUUCACCUUGCACCCUUCACAGAUGAGCAGCUUUACAUGGAGCAAUUUACAAAAGCAAAUUUCUGGUAUCAGCCGUCGUUCCAUGGUGUGGAUUUAUCAUCCUUGCGGGCUGCUGCAGUAGAUGAAUACUUCAAACAGCCAAUCGUCGACACAUUUGAUAUCCGGAUUCUAAUGGCCAAGUCGGUGAAGUACACAGUGAACUUUCUAGAAGCCGAAGAGAAUGAUUUGCACCGAAUAGAAAUUCCAUUCACGUUCCAUAUGUUGCAUUCAGGGUUAGUCCAUGGUUUGGCAUUCUGGUUUGACGUGGCCUUUAUUGGAUCUCAAAUGACAGUGUGGCUCUCCACAGCUCCGACUGAACCUCUGACUCAUUGGUACCAAGUUCGUUGUUUGCUUCAGUCACCGCUGUUCACCAAGGCUGGUGAUACUCUCUCAGGGACUGUUGUGCUAAACGCCAAUAAAAGGCAAAGUUAUGACAUUAGUAUUGUAGCCCAGGUAGAUCAGACUGGUUCCAAAUCUAGUAACUUACUCGACUUGAAGAAUCCAUUUUUCAGGUACACGGGUACAACGCCCUCACCGCCCCCUGGUUCACAUUAUAUAUCUCCGUCAGAGACCAUGUGGAACACAUCUGCUUCUUACAACCUGAGCUCAGGACUAACGGUGUCUGGAGUCCCAACAGCUUAUGACUUGAGCAAUGUGAUUGCCAGUGGAUCUGCAGUCAGCCACAACAACCUGAUUCCAUUAGCCAACACUGGGAUAGUGAAUCACACUCACUCAAGACUGGGAUCCAUUAUGAGCACAGGAUUUAUACAGGGCUCAUCGAGCGGUGGACCGGGUGGAGUUAUUCCCAGCAGCAGUCACUAUUCGAUCAACAAUCAGUUCACCAUGGGCGGCCCUGCCAUCUCAAUGGCCUCUCCGAUGUCCAUAAGCACCAACACAAUGCACUAUGGCAGCUAAAAGUUCACAACACCACCUCUGACCUUUAGAACUGAUACUUUCAAGAGGAAUUAAAAAACAAAUCCAGAUUCAGUUCCCUCCAAAUAAAAGUCUAUGAAUUGUCCAAAUUCAUCGUCCCAUGGAUUUAGCUAAGCCCGAGAUGGGGAAAGUAGGUGUGUGCGUGAGGGGUGGGUAGGGAAGGUGUCUUUUUUUUCUUGGUUUUUACCAGGGAGAUACAACAAUGCUUUGAUACCAGACUUGUAAAGUUUUAUAUACUUAAAAUAAACAAGAAGGGGGGGGUGGGAGAUGAAACGAUGAUUGCUGUCUGAUCCUGCAAUUGGUUUGUAGUCAGUAGAUAUCCUUGCUAGUCUGUCUUCUAGAAAUCCUGCCAUAAGUGUUAAUGCACCUUCCACUACAGAUUUAUCAGGGUAAUGGAGCUAGUGGUUUAUGGAGGGUUUUUCUUCUCCAGUGUGCCCCAACCUCACCUCCCCUCACUCCCUCCAUUACGCUAACCUCAAAUAAAUCACUCCGCAAUUUCAAUUGGCAUUUUUAAAAUUCUAAAUUGGCUUUGGGCAUGAGCAGGCUGACUAUCAAAUGUAUUUGAUAUUUGGACAUGGUUUCAUUUAAAGCAUUUGGUGUGUUGUUUUAAAAGUUUAAGCACCAGCAGGCAGGUGGAAAUAUUUCCCUGACUUUGAAACGUGUAAUGAAUGAGAAGCUUUAAGCUUGUUUUGUGAAGGACAGUUUUGCAGAUUUGGUGUUGGCUAUAGUAAAAGAGGAGGAAUUGGAUUAUAUAUAUUUUUUGGUGUUGAAUUCUCCGUUCCUUUAUACCUGUCUGGUUUGCCUCUUUGUCUGCCUGCCCUGUUUCUUCGUUUUGACAGUUUUUGCAGGAUCACCUCAAAGCUCAGCAACGUAAAGGCCGGCCGGCGUGUGCGGCAAAUAACCUGCGGAGGGGCGAAUCUGGUGCUCGGCGUUGCAGGGACGGACCUUGAGCAAGCCACCUCAUCGCUGAAUCCAACCCAAAUGUGAUUCUUUAACGCUUUGCAUGCAGACAUUUACACUGAAGAAUGACCGAGGCUCCUGCGCUGAAUCCUCGCCUGGCUGUUUUCAACAGUUCCGCCUCUCAGUGCUACAUGGCUGCCGAUAUCUUCUUCUUGGGUUCAAACUACAUGCAAUGGUAGGUUGAGGGCACUGUUCUGGUGCCAUUGCUAUUGGUGCCAUACAUACAUGACUUAAAAACGGGUCUGGCUGCUUUGGCAGCAACUUGUGUGGGUAUAUAUGUUGGAAUUUGUUUCUUUGUACCUUUAAAGGGAUGCUGCUGAAUUGGGUUCUAGGUGUUCUCCAGCAGUGCGACACCACAGUUAGGGUACAGGAUUUUGUGCUCCACACUCCAGAUUCAUUCAUUCUACUUGCCUCCACGUUUGCCUCUGAUUAACUUCCAAACCUCGAGAUUGACGGGAAUGAAACUCCGCUUUUCUAUCAGAUGGAGAGGAAACGGGGCUGUUUUUCCAGCAUCUUCUGAUUGUAACUUGCAGCAAUGUCUGUAUAUUUCUAUUGAAAUAGUUGUAUAAUUGCUGGCAGCAAUCUCUGAUAGAAGAAUUUAUUUAAUCUCUGCAGACUAUAAAUUCUCGAUGUCUUGUCAUACAAGGCAUUUUACUUUUUUUGAGGAAAGGAUUCAAAGCCUCCUGGCUCCUUUCCUUUCCAAAAUCUUGUGCCCUGACUAAGUUCUUUGGCUGCCUUCAUUUUUCAUGUUGUCUUUAAUGCUUUUGCCGUAUGCAAACUAAAUCAGCAGUACGGCCAUUGCAGUGCCAGGGACGGAGGGGAAACAGCCCUGAUUUCCCUGCGCAAGCUGAUAAAAUGUUUCUCUGCACACCGAUUUUCUAUUUGAUACACCGUGACCUAAAAUGUUGAGGAUCAGGAUAGAGUUGUUAUGAAGGGGUCAGCUACAGCUUAGUGAUGUUGUGUGAGACUGCGUGUUUGUGUGUGCGAGAGAGAACUUGAACCUCUGCAAUAAAAUCUUACGUUGCCUCUUUUGCAUGACGCUUCAGUGCAAGGAUUGAAUUUAACUAGGAGGUGCUCCUUCACCUGCCUUCCCGGUAUGGAUCUGAUAGAUGAGUUGAUUAACAAGAGCCCUCCACCAAUACAUGGCAGUGUGAGUUUACUUGUGUGGCAGCAGCUGAGUCUUGCACAAAGCAUUGGCAAACCAAGAGUAUCUGCAGUUCCCAGAGAUCUUUAGAGAUUCGAGUUGUAUUCUAUCCAGUUGAACACUACUAGCAGGGGUGAGUGGUUACAUUUACCUGUAUGCAGUGGCUUGUCAUGUGGGGAGGUGCACCAGGAUAUUACUGAGACUAACUAACGUUCAACAAGUAUCUUGACCUCUGUAGAUGUCUGCAGAUCUCUGUAAUGAGCCCCAGGUUUUUUUUUAAAUGUGCAUCCGUCCUUGCAAAUUAUGGGUCCCCUGCAUCUUACAAUAACCACUGUGAAGGAAAAUAAGAGGAGACAAAAUGCCUGAGUAACUCAGCGGGUCAGGCAGCAUUUCUGGAAAACAUAGAUAGGUGCUGUUCAACGGGUCCCUACCCAAAACGUCUCCAUGUUCUCCAGAGAUGCUGCCUGUGAGUUUUUUUUUUUUGGUAAGUAGUUCCUUGUUUCUACAACCACUUUGUCAAAAUUAACAAUAGAAACAAGGAUACACAGAAAGCUGGAGUAGCUCAGCGGGUCAGGCAGCAUCUCUGGAGUCUUGACACGAAUCAUAGUACAUGCCUACAGAUCUGAUGAGCAAGAACUAGCUCAAGUUUUUGUGGCUGUGGUUUUUUUUUAUACUACUCUUCACUUCCCUAUUAUUUACAGCAUUAUCCUGAGAUUUUACUUUUAGUUAAACCCCCCCCCCCAAUUUGGCCUUGUUGCUGAGACUAUGUUCUGCACAGGCUUGGGGCGACUCCAUGCUGAAUAUUUCCCCCCCCACACCCACCGAUCGCGAUUCACCCAGUAUUGUUCCUUGGGACGUGCCAUGGAACGGGACAAUUUUCCUGAACAUCAGGCAGCAUUUAGGGCAGCAGGUAGGGCUGCUGCCUCAGUGCCAAAGACCCGGGUUCAAUCCUGAGCUCGGGUGCUUCUGUGUGGAAUUUGCACCAUCUCCCUGUGACUGCGUGGGUUCCUCCAGGUGCACUCACAUCCCACGGUUUGUCAGUUAAUUAAUUGUUCUCUGUAAAUUGCCCCUUGUGUGCAGAGAUCGGAUGUGAACGUGGGAUAACAUAGAAGUAGUGUGAACGGGUGAUCGAUGGUAGGCUGAAGGGCUACAAACUUUCCAUGUUUUCUCUUUUAAUUACUUGAGAUGGCCGACUGAGAAUUGUCUGGCUUUCCGAGUUUAGGUCGGUGGGGAGGGAGAAAAUGCGUUUCUGUUCGGACACAUCUGCAAGCUGGAUAUUAACAUCUGCAAGGACUCGCAAUAAUCUGCUCAAUAAAUGUUAAAUACAUCUGCACUUGUUGUGGAAAUGGGUGGGAUAUGUGGGGCACGAGUGAGUUGUUGACUGUGGACAGCCAAGGGAACAAGUGCCAAGUGGCUGAGUUUAGUGGAGAAACAGAUCUGUCGAGUGUUGGUGCAGCCGGCAUCUCUCGCAGGGGUACAAACACUUGCGCCGGUAAUCCUCUGUCAGUGUGAUCCGUAACUGAGUACUCUAGAGCAGGCAUGACCAACUUUAGCCUCAUCCUCCUCAAAUAGGCAGCUUUUGUAGAAUAUUUCUACAGUUAAAAGGAUUUAAAAAAAUAAUAGAAUGGGUAAGGUUUAAUGUGAUAAAUUAUCACAGUGGCUGACAGCAAGGAGAAUUGAUCCAUGAUUAGCUGGGCAGGCAGCACAGUGUAUCUGGUGAAACCUGAAUGGAUCAGUUCAGGGUUGCGAAUGUGGAUCCCAUUUGAAAGUUAUUCUUGUGUUAGUAGCCCUUUUUUUUAAGUAGUCCUUGUACUAGGGUUGGGGGUACAUGAGGUGUGAACAAAUAUUGUGAGGGUCUUCACUCGCCUGGUGAACUAGGCUUAAGUGAGAGACCUUCUAACAGUUUCCCCUGCACAAUUGGUACAAUGCAUUGGGUGGAAUUAGUCUCCAUUUUGUUCGAUCUUAAAACCUCUUACUUUACAAAUGUGAGUCGAUGUUGACCCUGAACUAUCUUCUGGUUAAUCCAUUUACAGCUAUCCUGAUCCAACAACCCUUGCUAGAGGAUUUAACAUAUUGUAGUUCAGUGUUUUAGCGCAAUUUAGAAAUGUUUGUAGAAUGAGUAGAUCUUUGUUCAUCUGUGUUGUGUGUAGAUUUUAUUACAGCAACAUGAGAUUGUUAGACUGUUAGAAAAUCAUAAUCCUGUAAUACCAUGAAUUAUCAAAUAAAACACUAAUAUUACA